AUGCGAUUGUCCGCCAGACAUGAUUACUGUAUAAAUCGUUUUGCUGUAACACCAUCUACACAACCCAAAAGUCGCGUCACCGCACUCGCCAUGUCUUCUUCUGCUAAACAAGAUAAGCAAGCAUAUAAGCUAAAGUUGAAUGGAUUAGAUGUCUCUGUAUUUGAAGCUGAUGGGAGAACUGGAGGAAAGUUGAGAAGCAUUUUACAUGAUGGUUUAAUAUGGGACGAGGGGGCAAACACUAUGACUGAAAGCGAGGCAGCUGUUGGAUUUUUACUUGAUAAUCUUGGACUUAGGGGCAAACAACAGUUUCCACUUUCACAGCAGAAACGUUAUAUAGCAAAAAACGGGGUGCCAGUUCUUCUACCAUCAAAUCCGAUUGCACUUGUCACAAGUAAUUUGCUUUCAGCAGGGUCAAAGCUUCAAAUUUUAUCGGAACCAUUUUAUUGGAAGAAUAAUGAUGCGCCGAAGCAACCUGACAAAAAGGAAAGUACCAUAAGUCCUGUUUGGGGCGGCCUUAUUAACUGUAAUGUUCUAGUUACCUCAGAAAGCAUGACAGUUAUGUUUUUGUCUGCAGUGUUGGUGCUUUCUUUCAACGUCAUUUUGGAAAAGAGGUUCUCCUUAUGCCAUUACGUACUUACUUUUAUUUUCAAUGAUAACCCUGAAGUUAGUUUUGAGCUUAAUGAGUUUCUCCUCUUGGUUGUUGACUAUCUUAUUGAUCCUUUUGUUGCUGGAACUAAUGGCGGAGAUCCUGAAUCUCUUUCUAUGCGCCAUGUGUUUCCAGAGUUGUGGAAUCUUGAAAAAAGGUUUGGCUCAAUCAUAGCUGGUGCUAUUCAGUCUAAGCUUUCUGACAGGAAGGGAACAAGUGGUGGCUCUUCGCCAAAGAAGAAACAUAAGCGUGGCUCAUUUUCUUUUGUAGGCGGGAUGCAGACUAUAAUGGAGUUUCUUGUGAGGAGUCAUUUAACUUAUAUCGACAUGCUUGGCCUUAAACCAUGGACGAGAAACAUUUAUCUGACACUCACUGAUGCACUGUCCAAUGAACUUGGUGAGGAUGAACUUGCAGUUCGCUCUAGGGUGCUGGAAUUAUCUUGUUGUGACAGCAAGAAUUCUCCAUUAAGUAACUGGUCAGUUUGUUAUGAAUUGGACGGCAUAAAACGUUCCUGCGAGAAGUCCUUUGAUGCUCUAAUAGUUACAGCCCCCCUUUCUAAUGUUAAAGAAAUGAAGAUUACAAGACGAGAAAGCCCAUUUCUCUUGGACUUCAUUCCAGAGGUUAGUUACUUACCCAUGUCUGUUGUAGUCACCACAUUUAAGCGUGAGAACGUGAAGCGACCGCUUGAAGGUUUCGGAGUUCUUGUACCUGCAAAAGAGCAACAAAAUGGUCUGAAGACUUUGGGCACGCUAUUCUCUUCAAUGAUGUUCCCAGAUCGUGCACCUUCUGAUCUUUAUCUCUACACUACAUUUGUUGGUGGAAGUAGAAAUCAAGAACUUGCCAAAGCUUCGAGGGAUCAACUGAAGCAAAUAGUGACUUCUGAUCUCAGACAGCUAUUGGGUGCAGAAGGAGAACCUACCUUUAUGAAUCACUUCUAUUGGAGUAAAGCAUUUCCAUUGUAUGGUCAUAACUAUGAUUCUGUCAUUCAAGCUAUUGACAAGAUGGAAAGAGGCCUUCCAGGGUUUUUCUAUGCUGGCAACCACAAGGGAGGAUUGUCUGUUGGCAAAGCAAUAUCUAGUGGGUGCCAAGCAGCAGAUCUUGUGAUGUCAUAUCUGGACUCCACUUCUGAUGCUAAGGGGAACUUCUCAUGAAAAAUUUCACCAAAGUUCACUGCAACACGGCUUUUUGCUGCAAACUUGUCAUCAUUAGCUCAGAGACGAUCCCUCUAAACAUGCUUUACCCUCUAAACAUGUGUGUUUUCUACUAGCUAAUUUUUAGCUUUAUAUUGUGGUGGCAAUGUUUCUUGUAUAGUUUCGAUGCUCUCUUAGUUAUCUGAUUAUGCAAGUGUGGCUGCAUAUAACUAUCCAAACUAUUUCCAAAUUUUCAUUUGACAAAAUUUAAAUGAUGUAUGCGAAGUUUGCAAAUCACCUCAUGUAUCAUGGCAGAAUCAUUUAGUGCAAUGACAUGUAAACAUCUUUUGCUCGAGAAUUGUGAACUUCGAAUUCUCAUGCAUUCAAGAGUAUCCCUGUUUUCCACGAGGUGUUAUAAACGUGC